ACCCGCACAGGAGAAACAGGAGAACCAGAAGAGAACCAGAGGGAACAGAGAGGCGAGAACAUUAAACGAGAGACUGAAUGAAAGCCAGAAGAAUCAGAGGAGAAGAAUCAAGCACAAUCACAUCGUUGUUGCUUUAUAUUCCGUACAUACACUAUUGAAUAUAAAGCAAGAGACAGUUUUAUAUGAGUAACAGUGGAAAGUUCACUCAAGACAUGGCGAUCACAGCGAGGAUAGUGCUGCUGGCUCUAAUCUUGAUCCUGAAUGCCAGCAUGCCAUGCCUAUGUGUCUACAACAGCGGGGAGUGCUACUUCAACACCAAAGGCACCUGUGAGUACAUGGGGCAGGUGUAUGGAAUAGGCGAGAGCUGGAUCACCAAGGACUGUUAUCAGUGUGUGUGCAUGGAGCCGUUUGGAGUCGGAUGCUGCGACUAUGGCUCUCAGCCUGUGGACUAUCCAGACUGGUGUGAGAUCAUCCGGAAACCAGACUCCUGCAGCAGCGUGGCGGUGAUGAGAGCCAAUCACAAGCUGCCCUGUCUGUGGGGGCGGGGCCGCCUCAGGCCAGCUGCAGGCCAGCCAUGGAAAUCUGACAACGACCCUUUAUUCUGAGCUGAGGCACAGGGUGGCAGCACAUGAACCGUGUUGAUGGUGUAUUCAAUAAGACAAGGAAAUAAUAAUAAGUUAUGAGGAUUUUAACUACGGCAUAAACAACGACUAUAGAUCUGGUUGCAUUUAUAGUUUAUAAUGCAUUUAUAAUUUUGUGCUUUAUUGUCAUGACUGAGCUCUUUUACUGUCUGGGCACUCUUGUGCAUCUGUGUUUAAAGGAUAAAUAAAAAGUUAUCCCUC